AUGGAGGCAGAGCAGGUGUCCGAUUCCCUUACGCAUCCCCUUACCCAUUCAACCAUUCGCCUCCAAGAAACCUCUUUCUCGACUUUCAGUACUUCUUCUACCCUUUCCCCAUCAUUCAAGGUAGAUGAAGGCUACUCAGACGAAACCCGAAGCCAAUCAGACAAAGAGCUGGUGGCGACGGAAAAUGUCAUGAUGCUUCCAGAUUGGGUUCUGGCCCAGAGUGAAUCUGACAGAGCAGAACUUGCAUUCAGUCUACUACGAUCGCUUUCAACAUCAACUCUCGCCGGAGUGGUGGAGCGCAUAAACCCACUGCUCCAUAUGGAUCCGGUCUUCAAGCUACCUCCGGAGUUAACGUUCGAGAUCUUUUCCUAUCUCGAUGCCGCCACCCUCCUUAAUGCCACUCUUGCUUCCCGUUCCUGGCGCACUCGAAUCCUCGAUUCUGGUUUGUGGAAGGUACUAUAUAUCAACGAAGGUUGGCGUGCGGACUUGGGCGCGAUCCGGAAUUUCGAACAGGAACAUCCAGAGCCAUUAUCUCCUCAAACACGCAGAUCACGCCCACUUCAUUCAGAAUCAGACAUCGGAGAACCAAAACACAAGAAGCGUGUUCCACCAACAUGGCUGACUUCGCGAAGUACUGAGGGGCAGAGUGUGAUCAGACCCAAUGGUCAAGCGCAUCCUGAACCAGACAACGAGGGUGACCACCACAUGGCCGAUGUGAACGGCACUCAUAUGUCACCACCAGCCGACUUGAACAUCCUACAACCCGCCUCAAUCCCUCAGCCUCCCUCAUUGCUCCAGCCACCACUCCAACCAUCACUUCUUGUUCGCCGCCCUAACGGAACAUCCAAGAUCAACUGGGCGUACUUGUAUAAGCAGCGUCGCCGCCUUGAAGCAAAUUGGCACCAAGGCCGCUUCAAGAACUUCCAGUUGCCCCACCCAAUGCACCCGGAAGAGGCCCAUCGAGAAUGUGUGUACGCUAUCCAAUUCCAAGGCAAAUGGCUAGUCAGUGGCAGCAGAGACAGGACACUACGAGUCUGGGAUCUGAAAACCAAGCGAUUGUGGCAUAGGCCAUUGGUUGGUCAUGAAAAGUCAGUUUUAUGCCUCCAGUUUGACCCGAGCCCUGAGCAGGACGUCAUCAUCUCGGGCAGUAGUGAUCGCUCCGUGAUUGUCUGGAAAUUCUCUACUGGUCAAAAGAUCCAUCGCAUCUCCGAAGCGCACACUGAUUCCGUUCUAAACCUCAAAUUUGACCAUCGGUAUCUCGUGACCUGUUCAAAGGACCGAACGGUUAAGGUCUGGAAUCGCAAGGAGCUAUCGGUGACCGAUGAUGACUAUCCCCGUAUUUGCAAAGGCGGCAGUGCUAAUUUCCCUUCACACAUUAUUGAUCUCAACGAGGUAGCACCGAGUAUGCUGGAAGCCGGGCUGGCUAACAGCAAGUUCAAUUCUCUCGCGCCAUACUCUCUUCUUAUGGGAAUCGAAGGACACGGCGCAGCAGUGAAUGCCAUGCAGCUCCAUGGCAACGAGAUUGUCACAGCUUCGGGGGAUCGUAUGAUCAAGGUAUGGAAUGUGCGCACCGGUUCUUGCUUGAAGACUUUGAUGGGCCAUGAAAAGGGCAUCGCUUGUGUGCAAUUUGACAGUCGGCGAAUCAUCAGCGGAAGCAAUGACAACACCGUACGAAUCUACGACCACAUUUCCGGCGCCGAAGUCGCAGUGCUUCGGGGACACCAGAACCUUGUCCGGACAGUCCAGGCUGGAUUUGGCGACCCUCCAGGUGCUGAUGAGGACUUGCGCCGGGAAGCCUUAGAGGUGGAGAAUGCUUUUUGGAAGGCACAGCAAGAAGGAGCUCCUGUUGAUCUGGGUCGACGAGCCCUCCGACGUGCCGGGUAUACGUCGAACACCGCCGGAUCGCGGGACCCUCGAGAUAUUUCAGCUCUGGGGGCAAAGAUUCCACCAGGGGGUGGAGGCAGUGUUUGGGGCCGUAUUGUCUCCGGCUCAUACGAUGAAUCUAUCUUGAUUUGGCACAAGGAUCAUGAUGGAGUUUGGUCUAUAAACCAUCGAUUGCGCCAAGCCGACGCCAUAGCUAAUGCAUCUGCUGACACUCUCACACCGAUGGCAAGAGCUGCUGUAUCUGCACAAGCACGUCAGCUACACGCCCAAGCUUCAGGCAACCUGGGUCCAGGCCCAGGUCCAGCAGCCGGACCAUCUUUGACUCCAGUUCCAGCUUCCUCUUCGACAAGAAGCGAGAGAGAAUCCGAAACUGAGGGUAUGAACGACGUGCUGGCAAAUCAUUUCCACAAUAACCAAGUUCCUGGACCUGCUCAGGCCGGUGACGUAGGUCAGCCGCAUCAAACAAAUGGUCAAGCAACUCCCCAAGCCGAUAGAAAUACGAUUCAGCAUCAGCAACAGCAGCAACAGCAGCUAGCCGAUGCGCAAAUGCAAGCUGCCCAGCAGUUGGUUCCCCAUCAUCAUCACCACCACCACCAACGUCCCCGCGUUGCUCAACCCGCUGUGCCAACUUCAAGGGUAUUCAAAGUUCAAUUUGACUCCCGUAAGAUUGUCUGCGCGAGUGUAGACCCACGUAUAGUGGGUUGGGACUUUGCCAAUGAUGAUGAAGAUAUCAUCGAAGCAUGCCCAUUCUUCGAAAGCUUGUGA